UAAUGUGUGUCGGAGGACGGCUGCGUACAGAGAGAACAGUUGACUUUGCUGAUGUUUGGGGACAGUAGCCUCUUUUGUUUUUGCAGUAAAUACGUUGUCCUUACACCGUCCGGGUAGACGUUACAAUAACACUUGUAUCCUUGAUGAUGGUCGCAACAGUAGAGUGUUGAAAGUAGUGUAACUACGCGUGAGCCAAACAUGCUGUAUUAUUGCGCUGUAACUAGUUGUUGAGCAAGUCACGUGUUGCCUGACCGAAAUUACGUUUAAAAUUCACUUAUGGCAACUACGAAACACCGUGAACCACCUGUAUGCUUGCUCGUUGAUUUUUUUAUUUUUUUUUGCUCAAAAUCAAAAAUAUUUAUUUUGGGUGUAACUUUUUAAAUUCCCAUCUCUGAUACCGAUAUUGCAGCCUUGAAUAUUGGCCCACACCGAUAUUGAUCUGAUAUGAACACCAAUCAUAUGUACAUUUAUUUUGUAGUGUGGAAUAUUAGAAAUUUAUUAGAAUAUUAGAUGCCGAUCCGAUACUAUGUGCAAACAAACCUAAUGUGUCUGGUAAAUAAAUAAAUAAAUAAAAAAACAGUAUUUGAUUUCAAAAUCCGCUUUAGAAUGUGAAGAGCUGGUAUCGAAAGGAUCAAUAUUUCAAUAAAGAUCCACACAUUGCUAGCGUGCUCUCCUGAAUGCAUUUGUGGCAAUUUGUAGGAUUUUGUGCAACGGGAGUCAAUAUUUUCUCAACCAAAUGGUUCAGUGUAGGAGAUUAAGAAGAAGGAGGGCAAGAAUUUUGGCUAUGGCAGUUCGUAGACCUCCACCUGCCACAUCUGUUCUAAGGAGGGUGUGGGUGGAUGUCUGAGGCAGGAGUGGACGGACACUAGAGCUGCUUCACUAACACCUUUAAAAAAAAAAAAAAAAAAAAAUUUCGGAUGAGAAGAACUUUUGCCUACACCGGUGAGUACCUUUAUCCAAGUCUUGCACAAUAAAUCACGCCUUUCGAUGACUGCCUACAUCCGUGAGUACAUUUUUUAAGUCUAGGUAAGGGUGGCAAUACACGCCUUUUGAUGACGUAUAGGUCGGAUAUAUGCGACCUGAUUGUUUAUGUUGCAGUCACAUCGCAUCCAUACCAGAUUUAUAUCCACAUACAAAUGAGGUCUGGGUCGCAUUUGAAAAAAUCGGAAUUGUGCUGUUCACACUGACAUGAAAAAAAAUCAGAUACAGAUCACAUAUGACCAAAAAAUCGUAUUUGACCUGCAGUGUGAACAUAGCCUAUGACUUACUUUGUAUUGUGGAAUGUUAGUACUCAAAGACUAGUCAGCAACAGUAUGUGUGAGGAAAAACUCACCCAUUUACUUCCUCAUGCGUGUGGUAUAGUUUCAGCCACAAUAUAGUGACAGUUCCUAAUAAUAUAGUGAGGUUCGAGUUGCUCAGUGAAACGCAACAUUACUCACCACCGACAGGGCCUUGCUCUGCUCUGUUAAAGGUAAUUAAUUUUUGCCGUCCCGUGAGAGUUUCUCAUGUGAUGCCGCUUCAUGUUGCUAUGUGGUUAUUUGUAUUAAAUUUUCACAGUUGUGUGCCACCAUGGGAAACGUGUGCAUGACAAGUAUUGCACUCAGCUGCAACAGCUGACAUCAGUCCUGCUCCUUCUUUCUUUGGUAGCACGCUAGCGAUAACACUAUUGUUAUCACAUGCGCUCUAUCCGGUCAGUUCUGGAUAGAUGUGGUGGGGCGGAGUCUGGAAUUGAUUGCCUGUAUCAGCGCCAAUCUCCAAGCCGUUUUUUUCCCAUUUCCUUUUUCUUUUUUUGGCUGAUAUCGGCCCUUUAUCAAUAUUGGAUCAGGACAUCCCUAAUUUGUAUACUGUGUUUUAUUCUGUUUAUAAUCAACAAAUCAACUACAACAAACAAAUUAAGGCAACAUUACAAAAUUAUUAAAUAUAUAAACAUUUUUACUGCGGAUGCUCCGAUCGAUCGGCCACCGAUCAAUAUUGGCCGAUUUGUGUAAAAAAAAAAAAAAAAAAAAAAAAAAAAACAUGCGAUCUGCAGAUGCCGAUAACGCCUUUCAAAGACGAUUACAAAAAACGAUUGGCGUGUGGCGGCAAAUCCUAGAUGUCUGCGGUGUCACUAAGGGUUGCAAACAAAAUGACGCAUCCUGCAUUGAGCGUGCCGCAGCCUACGCCAAUCAAUGCCAGCGUAUUUGAUCACUCACUUACCAAACCUAUACCAGUUUGAUGAUUCUUGCAUCUUUAACACACUUUGCCUAGCUGUCACUGGCUGUACUUUGCACUGGCGGCAAAGUACGGUAUUUAAAACAAAACAAGCAGUGCGGUUAGUUUGGAGCUCGCUUUUGUCCCCACGGGAAGCCACAGGUUGAUAUCACGUUCAUGGGGUACUUACUAACUUUUUCAAGUGUCACUGAACAACUUUACUUUCUUGUUGUCAUUAGACUAAUUAUGUCAUGUCCCCAAAAGUGUGUGUGUGUGUGUGUGUGUGUGUGUGUGUGGUUGUUUAAUGAACAUAAACACAUAAUGUGUAGAGUCUUAUGAUGGUGAUAUUAUCUCAGAGGACGCCUAUCUCACAAGCUGAUUUUGAGUAGUUCACCAAAGGCUCAAAAAAUGUUUGCUUCAACUGUCGGUAGUUUUUUAUUCUAACUGAAUUCAGACUGGAUGCCUUUUUAUAUAAAUGCAAAUGACCACAAAAUAGCAUAAAGACGAUGGCCACACUGAGUGGAGAUCUGCUUGGUAAAUAAAGUAGUGUACAAUUGGAAUGUUGCCAGUCACAAAUAAAACAAAUAUAAAUUUCACAUGUAUUCGUAUUACUACAAAACAUGCAUCAAAUUACAUUUGGAUUUGUGUAAAAUAGUACAAAAAUUGUUUCACACAAAUAAAGGCAAAAAAAAAAAGACAAUCGCCCAAACGUAAAUUUUUAAUAAUUACCUCCUGUACCUAUAUAAUUAUAUAAUAUAAUAUACCUAUAAUAUACACCUAUAUAAUUAUAUAAUAAUUACCUACUGUCUGGCAGGCCCCCUGACCAGUACCACUCAUCAUAAGUAAAUUGAAAAAUGUACAGUUAAUUCAUGUGAACAGUAUCUGUAUCAAUCUCACUCAUGGAUUAUCAGAAUGGGCAGCAUAAAACUGAUCGGAGCAUCCCUAAUUUUAAGUUAAAAGUAUCUAUCAGCAAUAUGGCUGCUGCGUUUCCUACUUGGUAUGUAAUUGAUACCAUGAUGAUCAAGCAGUAUUGCAACCGCCAAAGAUGGUGGUUGUGUGACGCAUUUUCAGCCUUUUUAUUAGACAUGGCUAAUCACUGGCCAAACUGGAAAUACUGGCCAAAUGUGUCUGUGUAGGCUCUCAGUCGUACAGGAGUUGUCCAUCGAGGAAAAGGCUUCUUGAGACGUCAUCUGUACUUCUGUGACAGAAGUACAGAUGACGUCUCAAGAAGCCUUUUCCUCACUGGCCAAAUGUGUUUACUUGGUGUAAUUUAUCAUAUAUAUUAUCAUUUUGGGAUUUACCAAGAAGCAAUGUUUUCCAAUUUGUCAUAUUAUUAAAGUAAUAUUAGUAUUCUGACAGAUGUGCAUGCAUUUCAAGCAGUAUAAUGUGUUGUCUUUUUGUAGGUUUCAGGAUUUGAUCCAUGGUCAUCUGCCGUUUUUCUUUUUUCUUGAUCGCAGUUGUUUUAUUUGUGUUGCAACAAGUCUGUUUUUUUUUUAUAUUUGGCUGAAGUAAGGAACUCAGCUUGGACCAGUGAUUGUGAAAACACCAAUUUUCCUUUAAAAAUUCUUAAAAUCAAAAGUUGCCACCUACUUUCUGUGUCAGCAGUGCAAUUAAUUCCUCCACCAUGUCAGAUGGCCGGAUCUAUGUUGGGAAUCUUCCCAUGGACGUCCAGGAGAGGGACAUUGAGGAUCUCUUCUACAAAUAUGGAAAAAUCCGUGAGAUUGAAUUGAAGAACAAUAGAGGCACAAUCCCCUUUGCCUUUAUCCGAUUUGAAGACCCACGGGAUGCGGAUGAUGCUGUGUAUGGAAGGAAUGGAUAUGGAUACGGAGACUCCAAACUUCGUGUGGAGUAUCCUCGAUCCUCUAGUAAAUUUGGUCCAAUGGGAGGCGGCGGUGGUGGUGGAGGAGGAGGACCUAGAGGAAGAUUUGGACCCCCAACACGAAGGUCUGAAUUCCGCGUCAUAGUGACUGGAUUACCACCAAGUGGGAGUUGGCAGGAUCUGAAGGAUCACAUGCGCGAGGCGGGCGACGUUUGUUUCGCCGAUGUGCAGCGGGAUGGGGAGGGCGUGGUGGAAUUUCUCCGCCGCGAGGACAUGGAGUAUGCCUUGCGACGCCUGGAUCGCACAGAGUUCCGUUCGCACCAAGGUGAGACCGCAUACAUCCGCGUCUACGAGGAUCGAGGAACCCCCAACUGGGGUCGCUCGCGUUCCCGCUCCAGAUCGAGAAGCCGCUUUUCGCCUCCUUACCGAGGAUCACCGCCGCCACGCUACCAGUCCCCUCCUCGCCAUUCUAUGUCACGCCAUAGUCCAACACGGAGGCACGGACCACCCCACCACAGCCCACCACCACGUCAUUACAGAUAAAGGCCCAAAUUUGAUCAAGGAAACCAAGGAGAAAUUUUUGUAAUCGCCUUUUUAUUUUUAUUUUUUUUUUUUGUUUACCCACUGGCCGCUUUCAUCGAACACUGUUUAUUGCUACGUACAUUCCAUGGACACCCCGACCCCCUGCUCCUCCCCUCAGCCUUAACUUUGGUUUCCAUGUACCUUUAAUACGCCUAUGUGUUUUCUCAAAGCAGAAUGUUGACUUGUUUGAUGUGCAUUACGUUACGUAGUGUUUGUUUGGUAAGCCAAGUUUGUUUUGUAUGUCCAGCUUAAUAAAACCAGUUAACUCGAUGUUAAGUCAAGCAGUCACACAUUUAAGCAGAGUUCUAUCAAAUUUGUUUCCUCUUUACGUAGUUUUUGCUGAACAAUCUGUGAUGCUAAUAUCUUCUGAUUCAGAACAAAGUGGUGAACCUUUUCAAAUACUGACUCAUGUUGGCUCUUUAGACCUUUUUUUUAAUGUGAGCCUUACUGAAGUAGUUUACCAUUUGAGUGCAUAUGUGUUGGCUUUUCUUUACCAAUAAAAGGUUAAAUUUUACAACUGUCUCCUUGAUGGUUCUACAAGCUUUUUAAACACUAUACUAGGGAUAAGCUAGUACACCACUAUCUGUAUCUGUUCACCCAUCUAAAUUAUCUGUAUUCGUAGCUGUACUAUAGUGGGAGGAACAUAAACCGGAAGUGGGUGUGGUUGAACCAGAAAUGGGUGGGGCUUAAAUCUGUUCAUUUUAAGUCUGAAAUUGACGUGGAUUGAUCAGAAGUUGCUAUAGUUAUUAUUAUUCAGGUAUGUGUGUACUGUCUGUAAGUGAUCUGUAAGACUUAAGUAUUUUUUAAUGGUGUGCGUGAAGUUGGCGAUUCAUGCAAACAUCCAGUGAUGGCAAACAGGGAAAUAAUCUGUCAGCCUUGUUCAUUGUAGUUUUCUCAAAAGCAACGCAACGAGCAAAGCUUUCCAACUGACUUUAUACAGUAUCACCAGCCAAAUUAGAAGCAAGUAGACAAAAAAAAAAAAACACCGGCAGUGACUGACGCAACACGAGUCAGUUUCAGCUCUGUCUUGUCAAAUGCACCGUGUACAUAACGAAACAAGUUUAUCAAGUAACUUUGGAUACGAGCUGAAAUGAGGAAAACUUUUUUUUUUUUUUUUUUUUUUUUUAAUGUCCGGAGUGGAUGCAGAGACCAACACUAUACGAGCUGUUUUCAACUGUCUUGUACUCCUCGCUCUGGCUGUAGGGAGUCUGUCCAGGGAGGAGCUGUCGCUGUGUGACUGGCCAGUCACAGAGCGUGAAGAGUGAAUACAUAAGUAGUUACCCUAUGAGGAUUUUCCUUCAUCACAAUUAUGGAUAAUGACGAGCUGUACUCGUUUCAUGCGUUAUCAGUAACUGAUACUUGUCUAAAACGAGUAUCCGGCUCAUCCCUAUGCUAUACGGUUGUAUAGCAGCCUUUGGAAAAGUCGGAACAACCUUCCCACUUUCUUGACUCAAUACACACAAAACACAUCAACUGCAAAAUAGAAUAUUUUAAUUCACAAUAAAUUAAUUCUUAACAGCUCACAUUUAUGAGAAGACAGGAAAAAAAUAAAUGUCUCCAAUAGAAUAUAUACUUUUUUGUAGCUCUCCAUGAUAAUCAGAUAAAGCCCAAUAAAGACAUUGUAUUGCAUUUAAUAAAUAUGUGCCAGCUUUGUUUGUACAGUGGUCUCACAUUGUAUACAGUUAAUCUUCUGACACGGAGCACGGCAAUCCACGAACAACACUGGCCUGUUUCAGAGAAAAGUACGGGACCACUUAAAGCAGUGAUAAUAAAACACUUACGGUUUAACUGAUUGGCAUCCAUUAAAUGUUUGUUACCCAUGGAUAGAAUUUUGGCUAGUUGUGUUCGGCACUUGAACCCGAUGCCUGAACCCCAACCCCCCACCCCUUUAUUUUAUUUUAUAGUACACAUUUGGUAAAAGCCUGCCAUGAGAAAAUCUUCACAAACCAAAAUGAGAAAGUUAGCACUGAACUGACCCUCUAAAAUGCAAAAGGUUUACCUCAAAGCAAGAUCAGUCAUCACACAACAAUCCUAACAUUCGCGGACCCUUAGUUUUGUUCAUUGCACAAUCUGGUAAUCCACUUGAUCUGAGCACAAAAGUGAGUCUGAGCACCAAAAUGCAAGUAGGCAAAAAGCUGAACGGAAAACAAAAUGUGAAACAUGUUUGCUCUGGAUUUCAUGAGAUGUGUAAGUCUUUUUUAACAGAAUUUAGAUUGCUUAGGCUAUUCUGCAAGGUAGGUGCCAAACAGCCUUCAGUAGACAUUAAGCCUUAAUGGUUAUUGACUGAUGCAUCAGGAACUACACAAGCCACUUGGACACACCCCAACACUCAUCAAUCUUCUUGCUUUUCAGUGUUACCCUAUCUGAAACCCAAUAAUUGAGGGGGUAUGUUAAGACUGUGAGAUUGAAUUGUCAUUGGUUGUCGUAUCCCUGAAAAAAUAGCAACAUUUAAGGCAAAAUAACAUCCUGAAGCAGUAUCAAUGAAGGUACAUUCACGAGGUGAACAAUAACACUUGGAAAAUAAAUUUACUGGCCUCUUAAUUCCAUCUCACUGACAUAGAAAGGAGCAACUACUUAAAACCUCUCUGCACUCAUCUGUUACUGCAUCGUCAUCAAUGUUGUUUUUUUGUGUGGUCUUAUCUUUAAAAGAACCUGAACAGGCAUGUUUGCUGAUUACUUAUUUUCUAUAAGCGUCUGCACUUUGUGGACUAAGUCUCGGGCCAUCAUCAGGACCUGGGGGACGUCGUGGCGUUCUGCCAUUUCUGUGAAGGCAUACAAAAAAAUAAAUUCAAAACAUGUCACACGUGAGGCGUAGGAGGGUUUUCGAUCUUUUGAGUUCAGCUCAUGAAAAAUGAGAGUAAAAUGUAUUCUGUAGUUCAUGGUUCUGCCUCAACAAUGUUAACACUUUUCAAUACUAAAAUAUUACCGUUGAAGAACUUGAUGAUGUCCGUGAAGUCCAUGUUGUUUUCCAAGAUGAUAUCUCUGUACAUCUCCACCAGCGCCAAUGCGAUGAAGAGCACAAAAUGCUCAGAGGUUGUGUAUGCCGCCGCCCAGAUGGUUUCCCAAACGGAGAAAACAUCAUCGUAGACCAUUUCUGAAAGCACAAACGUGUCACUUUACAUCUGGAAGCAGCAUGUAGAGUGUUUAAUGCGCUUAUGUGAUCACCUCUUUUAAAGUCCAGCAGGAACCAGCGGUAGCAGAAGUAGAAGUGGGUGUAGUCACCAUUCUGCUGCAUCAGUUCAAACAGCUCAGAGUCCAGGAUCUAGUUUGGUUGAACACAAAUAACUAACACAAUACUUGGAAGUACUGUAUGUGCAUGAGUGCAUACCUGAAUAAGAGAGCGCAUGUUGGCAAAGUGUGAAUCCAUGGCGCCCCCAUGAGGAAAAUUCUGGUUCAUCCUUUUCAUCAGUUCAGUGAAGCAACUGAACGCCAUCACCUCUGUGAAGCCAACACAAGUUUACUUUCUGCACAGGUAAGGAUUUUCUACAAAAAAAAAAUGCACUGUAGUUGGUAGGAAACAUACACAUUUUUACAAUUACUAAGUUUUCCAAACUAACUAGUUACGACAAAGUAUUAUAGAAUUUUGUACGAUUUCCAUCUUAAUUCUCAGGAAAACACAGGGACGGUACUGACCAUCAUCCAGAAUAACCAGCAGGGGAGCCAGUAUAUCGCACAUUCCCUGGACAUAACCUGUUUCCAGAUGUUGCCACACAUAGCUAUAAAGAUAAAGCAAUGAAUUAAAUUCCAACAUAUUCCAAAGGACCCUCUGUGUUUCCAGUGAUAUUACCUGCACAUGAUGUUCCUCAGCUUCUCCAGGUUUUCGGGAGUGAAAUACCAGUAUGUUCUGUCACACCGUCGAACAUCUUUGUCAAUGCGAUGCAAGUUGAUCAUGUACAUAUCCAGUGUUUCUUGCUGCCAAACAGAUAAGAGAAGUCAGCGUGUUCAGGUUAAAGCUUAAGUACAGUGGAGCCUCUUAUCCUUACAGAGUAGGCUUGGUGUGACAAGGAUACGUCAGAUUUGGACUCUCCUCCAGCCUCUGCAGUUUCCGGUGCAGCAAACACAUUUUCGGUUUCGGGCUCAUCUUCAGACAGUCCCAAGUCAGUGCCUUCAGGACUGGUGUUACAAGCAGUGUCCAGAUGGUGGUCCAUGACAAGGUCUUCGGGUGCUGUCUUCCCUCUCCGAGGCAGUGAGACGGGAGGGGCAGCAAGGGCAGUCAACGGCUUAAUGUUCAUUUCCUCCAGGUUCAAGCAGGUCACCCCAGCAGGGAUGUCCUCCAUCUCCAAGGCAGAGGGAGAGUCGUCUGAGUCCGGGGACUGCCGGGUGUGGGAGGACAGGGAAAGGCUCCCGCGGGAUGCAGACUGAAGAGCGUUGAGUACUUGCCUGACAGGUGAGUUUGAGCCAGGUUUCUCAAAUGGGAUCUCUGCCACCUUUUUGGCUUCACACACAGUAUCUAUUAACUCCAUUGACACUGCUUUUGCUUCUCGUUGUUCUGAAUACUCUGGAUCAGUUCCCAUUUGUGGAAUUUCAUCUGGGGUUAACAUACAAACAGACUCAGUUUCCUGAACUUUUGUAUUUUGUGCUUGAGUCAAAGCUUGCCCCAGUGGAGGUGCUUGGAAAUAUUCAUUUUGAAUCUCAGUUUCCAGCUUGAUGACAUUGGUGUUCUCUGGGAGAGAGCUCACAUCCUUUGUAUUUAUACUGUUUAUAACACUGGAUUGCCCAUUAGCAUUUUCAGACGUCUCAACUUCAGAGCUGUCUGGCUUCAUUGUGAUUCCAGAAUUCUCACCCACAUCACUUUCUGUCUCCAUCCUCUCAUUCCCCAAGAGAAUAUCCUUGGCAGUCAAGUCUAAUAUCUUUUCUCUAGCUGGCAGUGAUUCAUUUUCAGAUUCCAUGUUUAAGACGUCUGACUGCUGAGAGGUUGUAGAUGCAGUAGCUAGCUUGGUUGAACCUAGAGGGGGGGGUAGGUUACUGGAGCCAACAGGACCAGCUGGGAUGUCCUUUAUUGGACUGUUGUGCUGCUUUUGACUUUCUUCAGGCCUCGUCUCCAUCGGAUCCCCAGCAUCGACCGAUACAAAUACCUGAAGAACCAACGAAAUUGAGUGACCAAAACAAAAAAGUGACUGAGUUGAUGUAUCGUACAACCAAUGAUACAGGCUAGCAUCUCAGCAACAAGUCCAGAUUCUCCAAUAUAUUCCUGUGUGAUUUGAACCAAAAAUGGGAGUGGAUCUUACUUGUGCACUACUGCUGGAGUCGCUCUGUGACUGCACAUUCUGCUGAUCUGAGUUGCUGCUUAGUGAUGACUGAAUGGGAAAGAAUACAAAAGAAAAAGCAGAACUAAGUCUAGUUUGGUCCUAACACUAUAAAUACUUAAGUUCUCUUUUUACUCUUGUUACAUAAUAUACUAAAAGGUAGACUUGCGUCUGUGCUGAUGGUAGAGUCCCGCUCGAUAGGCCCCCUCUCAACGCUGGCGCCCGACGAACACCUAGCAAGGGCCUCGGCGUGUUUCUCUUGCUCCCUCUGGCGCACGAUUGCCUCGCAACCUUGCCACUCCUUCAUGUUCUGCUCGUACACGGCGCCCAUCCGUUCAUCAAUCUGAAACAAGUGCACGUCAAUAAAAACGUCAAUAUAACACCAAGCGUGGAUGUCUUGUUGACAAAAUACACUAACAGAAGUCAAAAGGUACAUAUGCACAAUCUCAUAGGUUUUUGUCUGUUAAGAUGUGAUUACUAGUUAGUUAAUGUAAUUAUGAUAUAGUGUUGGAGAACUGCUACAUGGAGAGUACUUAUAAUCCUCUCAAUUCGUUAAUGUAAAAAAACAAAAGAUAAAAUAUUUAACAUAUACUUCUAUAGUAUGCUUACGUGUAAUUUAAGGCUCAUUAUGAGGUCAAGCAAAUGUCAAUAAAAGCCAUAAAUGUUUAUGUACGAAUGCACGACAUGAAACUACAUUAAGAAAAUAACAUCCAGUAUUUAAAUAUAAUUAUAUACUAUUUUAAAUGUAAUACAAAAAAUUAGAAUUGUUC